UUAAAAUGUAACACCAUAACAUUACAAGGCAUGGCAGGAAAGAUAAUGUGACCAGCUGGUUAAAGCUUUGAUGUUAAUGUUUGCGGACGAUGAACCGCUGUGUUUUUCCUCGGUUAAACUGGUGAAACUCCCAGCCUGUCCUCCGCUGGGCUGUGUAUUAGCGCUAUGUCCAGCAGCGGAGAGUGGCAGUGUGUACGGCGCGGUAAAGCGGCAGCGCGGAGAGGAAAAGCAGCCCGGUCAGAAAAACCAGCCUCAUCUGAACCUGCAGAGCCUCCAGAGCCUUCAGACCGACAGUGGGACAAACGCAGAAUAACAGAAGCAGUGAAUGACCUGAGAGAUGAAGACUUUUGGCUGGAAUGGAGAGAUGUCCUGUCCAGCUGCCUUGCGGAGUUUGCUGGAGAUAGCUGUAUAGAUAAGACUGUCAGAGAGGAUGAAUGCCUGCUGGAUUGCGUGUGCUAUGGCCUGGGCAACUUCUCCUCCUGUGUGUCAGCCAGAUAUCAGCUUGCCAUGUUGCUGCUGCUGUUUGAUUCUUUGCAGAUUCCUGUGGGCCAGUGCAGCAUGUAUGACCCAGUAUUCACAGUGUCUGAAUGUGAGAUUCUCAGAGAGCUGGGCUUCACUGUACUGACUGAAAAUGAGGAAGGGAAACGAGCAGUGUGUCACCCCACCCUCUUCUACCUCAUGCACUGUGGAAAGGCUCUGUACAAUAAUCUCCUCUGGAAGAACUGGAGUUCUCAUAUCCUGCCCAAAGUCAUUGUUAUUGGCAACAGCUUUCUUGGCAUUCAGGAGAGGAUGCUUCAGAGGGAGCUUGAGAGAGAUUACUGCUUUCUCUCAGAUAUCAUAAAUGUGUGUGAGGAGACAAGCCUGCCCUGCUCACAGCGUUUUGUGGAUGUCUUUAAUGACACCGCACUCAUCCGGUUCCCACCAGACAAGCUUCAUAAACUCCCAGAAUCCAUCUGGGCUAAUCCCUCAGAACCCCAGUACCAGCACUGCCAAGAUCUGGAGAUCAUCCAAAGAGAGAAUAGAAGUUGAAAGGAAAACAAGUGUGUACUUCUAGGGGUAUGUGCAGGAUAAGAGAUAAGUAUAAAUGCAAGGAUAUGGCAUAGUGUUAGGAAUAAGGAGUGUUUAUUUUGCAUACUCAGU